AUGUCACUAAAAAUUGAGCCAAAUAAUUCAGAGGCCUUACAAAUGUACGGAGAAAUUUUUAAGAUUAAUUACGGGGUGAUAGUUAAUGCUCGAUCAGCACAACAAUCAAACUUGAGCCCGUGUGUUCUUGAAUCGAGGCCAAUAGUAAAAGAUAUUAGUGGCUAUAAUGUAAAGUAUAAAAUUUGUAAAAAAAUGAAUGAAUCCUUUUUAUUAGAAAACAAUAUAGAUUUUAAAUGCAACAAAAUACCGAAUGAAUGGCUCGCGUUUAUUAAGGAUACCAUUAAAUCACCAAUAAACCCGUUAACUGACGAAACGCCGGUGCAUAAUGUAUAUAUUGAAAUUCAGUAUCAACAUGCAGAACUUCUCAUUGAUAGAAAACCUUCCAAAAAAUUCGAACUUGAAAUUAUCAAAGCAUUGGAAAAUACAAACCCAUAUCAAAAUUUAAUGAAUGUAUUUUCACAUUAUGGGCAUUUUAUGCCGAAAAUGGUUAAAAUAGGGUUUAAAUUAUAUAGAAUGAUACGUCUAUUACCAAAAAACUUUUAUGAGUCAGCAAAAAUUAUUUACGACAAUGAUCAAGUAUUAGAUCCGAGUCAAUUGGAAGAGAAUAAUGUACUUCGUUCAUGGGAAGAUUACCUAAAACCUUAUGAUUUUGAUACAACUUACUUGGUUUCCACAUCCGGUGAUAUUAUAAAAAGAGAAAACCUUUCAGACUGGCUUGAUUACUGCAAAAGUAAAGAAAAUUAUUCAAUGCAGAUUAUCGAUCAUAAAGAGCUGUUUCCAAUUUAUGAAAUUUUUGACGAAUCAAUCCAAGCACAGAUUAAAUCAAUUCUCGGAAUUGAACACGAAUUGUCCGUGCCUUCAAAUAAUCAAAAUGAGAAUCCAAUCACUUUAAAUAUAAGGGAAAGGGUAUUGAUGACUGGAGUCUUGCAACUUCAUAAAGGUGCUAGAUAUUAUCACAUUACAUUUUCGGAAAAAUUACAAAGCAGUAACUAUAUGAUAUUCGGAAAGCUAAUUACAGAAAAUGGUCAACAAAUUAAGGAUAUACUCGUAAAAUUUAAAUCAGAAAGUCUAUAUGGGUUUUCAGUAUUGGUAGAAGCUGUCGGUGAAUACAGUAAUAUGAAUCUGGAAAAUUAUAUAAUCACAUGGAUAAUGAUUGGGAUCCCUUCAGAGAUUGGAUAUUAUAGCACGUAUACGCGUGAAAUAUAUAUUUUAAACAUUGGAAAAGAAGAAAUACACGUAUCAGAUAAAUCCAAUUUGCUUGAUUUGAAAUUAAAUGUUUGCGCAGAUUUGCCGAAAAAUUCAAUCUUUACUACAUCCUUCGAAUUUCCUUUAUCAAAUAAUGAACCCCAAUUAACAUCUAAUAUAACAUUAUAUAAAGAAGGUGUAAUGGAAGUAGAAAUUAAAAAUAUUAUCGAUUAUACCAACUGGGAUGAUUAUGUAAUAAACAAUGAAGAUGAUUGUAUGGAUCAUCAAGAAAUGGAAAAUGAUGAAAUAGAUACGGAAGCGAAUGAUUCUGGAAAUGAAGAUAACUACGAAUUAGAAUGUGAAAGAUCGAAUGGAAUAAUCAAUGAUUCUGAUGAAGACAAUGAAGACAAUUAUGAAAGUGAUGAAUGUGAUGCAAGAUUUAGUUAUGAACUUAAAUGGUGCAUCGUAUAUUCAGAAAAUGAAAUAUUUAAACCAGACAUAUUCAGUGAGCACGAAGAUAAAAUUUACCUAGCAGGUGUUGGUCAAAAUGUUUAUGAAAACAACUUUCAUGUCUGA